UGUUGGAUUAGUCAAGAUCUCUCACUGAUUCGCAGCAUCCCCCUCUGUUUCUCCAUGAUCUGUUCCUUCUCCUGGCUGUUCUCCAGUUGACUUGCUCCAUCGCCUCUCCACGACUAGAGGAGGGAGGAGGGGAGCUCUGAUCGAUUCACCCAAGAUGUCUGAGGUGGUGGCGAUGGCGGGGCAGGCCUACAUGAAGCAGCUGCAGGCCCACCCGCUGCGCACCAAGGCUAUCACCUCCGGCGUCCUGGCCGGCUGCAGCGACGCCGUCGCUCAGAAGAUCUCCGGUGUUUCCAAGCUCCAACUCAGGAGGCUCCUCCUCAUCGCGCUAUAUGGAUUUGCAUACGCGGGACCGUUUGGACAUUUCCUCCACAAGCUCAUGGAUAGGUUUUUCAAGGGAAAGAAAGGAAAAGAAACUACAGCCAAGAAGGUCUUAGUAGAGCAGCUGACCGCAUCUCCAUGGAACAACAUGAUGUUUAUGAUGUAUUUUGGUCUGGUGGUUGAAGGGAGACCAUUUGGACAAGUAAAGAACAAGGUGAAGAAGGAUUAUGCAUCUGUCCAACUCACAGCUUGGAGGUUCUGGCCAAUUGUAAGUUGGAUCAACUAUGAGUACAUGCCACUCCAGCUCCGAGUUCUUUUCCACAGCUUUGUCGCCUCCUGCUGGGCGGUGUUUUUGAACCUCAAGGCAGCAAGAUCGAUCGCAAAUACUAAGAAGGCAUAGAGGCAGCUAUCUAUACCAGGAGCGGAAGUCAUGAUUUGAGUUGAAAACCAGUAUAUAUUCUAGACUUCCGUUGUAACACCUGAAUUCUUUUCCAGCAGGAGAGGAACCGAGUCGUAUUGUUUGCCAUGAAAAGUUUGCUCCUUUUCAUUUCCAUAGCUGCUGUUCUCUCUUCAUUUCGAAAAAAAAUGUUGUUUGCUCGCCUCGUCGAAGUGAUCACGUGUACUUCUAGUUCUAGUGGAACUUAGUUUGUGCAGAAAGAAUAUGUACUCGCUAACUUGUAUCUAAAGCAUAUAUGUUUUUCACAUCGAAUAA